UCAUGAUUUUAACUAUCAUUUUGCCCAAAACAUGGCUUUGAUUUCAUCACCACUACUUUUUUUUCUUUCUACAGUGUUCAUGCUCAUUUCUCAAGCUAGUGCACAGUCAAGCGUCUCCCACUUCUGUUUAUACGAUCGGGGUAAUUACAGCACUAGAAGCCCCUACGAGGCAAACCUCGAUCAAACCCUCUCGGACUUGGUCUUCUCCACUAACGAAACCAAUAUUAAAGAUGGCUUUUACCCUUACUCUUACGGCCUAGUCUCUGACAGAGUUUAUGCCAUUGGACUCUGUAGAGGAGAUAUUAAGGAAGACCUCUGCCGUAAUUGUCUCAAUGGCUCAAGAACUGCUCUCAAACAGCUUUGUCCCAAUCAGAAAGAAGCAAUAGUAUGGUACGACAAUUGCAUGUUAAGGUACUCCAAUCGACCUUUAUUAUGUAUCCUGGAAAAUCAACCUGCUUUCUCGCAAUGGAACAACAGUACUCAGAAUGUAUCGAAUGUAGAUGGGUACAGCAAGGUGAUAAAGAACUUGUUAGAUGGGAUGAUAAGUGAAGCUGCCUCAGGUAAUUCUUACAAGUGUGCUACAAGAACCUUAGUCGCACCAGACUCAUCCAACACCACAAUAUAUGCCCAUGCGCAAUGCACUCCCGAUUUGGUUGAGACGGAUUGCAUUGCAUGCUUGAAAAAUAUUUCUGGACAAAUUCCACAAUGCUGUCUUGGAAAGGAAGGUGGGAGAUAUUACACACCCAGCUGUAAUUUUAGGUAUGGUACCAACGCUUUCUUUGACCUCACAGCCGAUGCAUCAUCACCGGAAGGAAAGCAGAGGAGUACAACUCGAACUGUCAUCAUCAUUAUUGUUCCGACGGUUAUAAUUACUAUGAUAAUUGUCAUAAGCAUUUGCAUCAUUUUGAAAGUGAGGAGGCCAAGGGAUAAAGUUGAAACGUACGAUAUAUCGUCUUCUUCCUCUUAUGAAGCUGGGGAUGAAAUAGCAAGUGUGGAAUCCUUACAAAUUGAUUUCAGCACAAUCAGAGAUGCCACAGACAACUUUUCCGACGCAUUCAAACUUGGGAAAGGUGGAUUUGGGACAGUUUAUAAGGGUAAGCUUUCCAAUGGACGAGAGAUAGCUGUGAAAAGGCUAUCAAAGAUGUCUAGACAAGGAGAUCUACAAUUUAAAAAUGAGGUCAUGUUAGUGGCAAAACUCCAACAUCGAAAUUUAGUUAGGCUCCUUGGAUUCUGCUUAGAAGGAGAUGAAAGGCUUCUUAUCUACGAGUUUGUGCCUAAUAGAAGCUUGGAUCGCUACAUAUUUGAUCCAAUGAAGCGUGCACAUUUAGAUUGGGAAAGCCGCUACAAAAUCAUAAAAGGCAUUGCUCGAGGACUUCUAUACCUUCAUGAAGAUUCUCGACUUCGAAUUAUCCAUCGUGACCUCAAAACUGGCAACAUUCUAUUAGAUGCAGAAAUGAACCCUAAAGUUUCAGACUUUGGCAUGGCAAGGAUGUUUGUAUUGGAUCAAACUGAAGGCAAUACAAAUAGAAUUGUGGGGACCUAUGGAUAUAUGGCUCCAGAGUAUGCAAUGUUUGGACAGUUUUCAGUCAAAUCAGACGUUUUUAGUUUUGGUGUGCUAAUGUUAGAGAUUUUGACUGGCCAGAAAAUUACUCGUUUUCAUAACGAAGAAAACAAUGAAUACCUUCUAAGCUAUGUGAGUAUGAAUGUCAAAGCAUGGAAAGUUUGGAGGGAGGGUAUAGCUUCAAAUAUCAUAGAUCCCAUGUUAAAAGACAGUCCAAUAACUGAAACGAUGAGAUGUAUCAACAUUGGACUGUUAUGUGUUCAAGAAAAUGUAGCUGAAAGACCAGACAUGACUUCAGUUGUUUUCAUGCUUAGUGGCAAUUGUAAUACUCUUCCUGUACCUACACAGCCAGCAAAUUUUAUGCUCAGCAAUGAUAUAUCAACCACUUUAAUACAACAGGACAACAGUUCCAACGGAACCAAGUACGAGGUUUCAAUAACUGAAUUAUAUCCUAGGCGGGAAUUGAAUCUCAGAUCUCUUAUCAUUGGGGCUAUAAGCGAUUUUGUAUAUAAAUUACGCUCACUGCUACAGUAUAUCUAACUAUAUUUUGUCUAUAGUUUUCCUGGCAUUAUCUAGAAAACUAUAUCGUUUGAAUC